UUGUUGCAGGUCCAACAGCAUGAACAUGAUGGAGACACUCUAGACCUUAUUAUAAUUAUUGAGACGAUGUCCUCAGUUCCUGUCCCUCCCUUCCCUCCUCCUCAGCAGCUGCUGAAGGAGUUCCUCUCCUCACCUCAGGAACUGGACAUUCACCAGUACAAGAGACACCAAAAGUUAUGGUCCCGUGUUCCAGUGCCCCGCUCAUUACUGGAGGCUCCACUCUGCCCAGCUCAUAUCAACAUUGUAUCAGAGAGGGACCCCAGCACAGGGACACUACUGGACUAUAAAGAGGUUGAAUUAGAGGAGGUUGGUUUAACGGCCAGUAACUCCACCUCCUUACAGCGACCCCCCGGCCCCCUCGAUCAAUUAAUAAAAGGAGAGGCCAACCAGUUCCCAUUCUGGCCUGGUGGGAUGGACAGAACUGAUGGUAUUCAUAGUUACGGUAACGAAAUAAAUUUUGAUACAGAUUUAUUGACUGUCCCUCCUGGUUUUAGUGAAGGAAUGGACUUUAGAAAUAAAAUUGUAGCACAUGCAGCUUCUGAUAUUAAUAGUUUUAAAAUUAAUUUUGACGAAUUAUUUAACGUAACAGACAUUGACCUGCAAAUGGAAGAAGAUCCUCAAAGAAAUGAAACAGAAGCUGGAGACACCAACCAAGAGGAACAGGAACAGAUUGAUGAACUAGUAAUGAUUCCAGACCCAGUGUCAGGGGGCCUGGAGACUAGUGCUCGGACCCCUAAUAAGAAUAAUGAAGUGUGGGCCAUUAAAGUUGAGCUACACGAGGAUAUUGAUGAUUUUUAUAAGAAAAUACCUUCAAUGGCCCACACAUGGCCCUUUGAAUUGGAUAAUUUCCAGAAGCAGGCCAUUUUAAGACUAGAAUCACACGAGAAUGUUUUUGUGUCGGCUCACACUUCAGCUGGUAAAACAGUUGUAGCUGAAUACGCCAUAGCACUCUCUCUAUCACACAAAACCAGGACUAUCUACACUUCUCCAAUCAAGGCUUUGUCUAAUCAAAAGUUUCACGACUUCAGAGGAACCUUCGGAGAGAGUGCCAUAGGACUAGUGACUGGGGACGUACAGAUCAAUAAGGAGGGACCCUGUCUGAUAAUGACCACUGAAAUACUGAGGUCAAUGUUGUAUCAUGGAUCUGAUGUGAUCAGGGACGUGGAGUGGGUUGUGUUUGAUGAGGUUCACUAUAUUAACGACACUGAGAGAGGCGUGGUCUGGGAAGAAGUCCUAAUCAUGUUACCAGAUCACGUUCGGCUGAUCCUCCUCUCAGCUACUGUACCUAAUACUAUGGAGUUUGCUGAUUGGGUUGGACGUACCAAACAGCGUAAGAUUCAUGUCGUUAGUACAUUACAGAGACCAGUGCCACUACAGCACUAUCUCUAUACUGGGAACAGUAAGCACACUCAAGAAGAACUGUUCAUGAUAGUUGGAGAAGACAAGAAGUUCAUAGUACCAGGGUAUAAGCAAGCUUUGGAAGCAAAGAGGAAGAGUGAUGAGAAGAGCGGACCAAAGGGCGGGGCUAAGGGGAGGGGCCAACUAACGACAGCUCAG